UUCAAAAUGGCCGCUUCCAUGACUUCUUUGCUUAAGAGAAAUGAUAAAUUUUAAUAGACAAUUCGUAUGACAAAAGUGUGAUAUAACUUCACAGACGAGCAGAAGCGACUUCUGCUGACAUCAGUUUGUUUUUAAACUUUUACAUCAAGACUCAGGAAUGCAUGGGAUCAUGUGUGCUUCAGUUUCUGUGAUGAGAGUCCCAUAUUCAUGUGUAUUCAAGAGCGGCAAAUUACAAGCUUAUCUACGACAUGCAGUGUACCAAGCUGAUUCUCAACAUACGCUGAUAUCUCAGCUUGCCUCUUGUCUGGCCAUGACCACAAGGAGAUUUUCUAUACACUUGAAGCCACAUCAACCACAAGACAGAAAGUCUCUUUUGAAGCUGAGAUGUUCUCCUCGUUCAGUGCGGCAUACGGCAAUACAGUCAAAAAAUGGCAGUGAUGGUCUGAGUCCAGCUGCAUGGACAGAACCGUUCAAACUACCAGAGCCGCAACUGGAUUGGUCUUAUCUCUUAGACAAAAAGAACACUGAGACAAUUGCUGCAAAUAUUUACAACAGAAAGGGAAUUGGAGACAUUCACAAAUUGAUCACCUUGUCAGAGCUGUAUGCACAAGAACAAAAUGCUGAGAAGAAGGAGGCUUUGAGACAAGAGAUGACCUCUGAAGCUUUGGACAUUCCCAACAUCAGCCAUCCCGAGACUAUUGUUGGCGACGAGUCAUGUGCUAGGCAAGUUGAGGUUGUUGGUGACAAAAAAGAUUUUGACUUCAAACCUCGUCCAGUGAGUGAGCUUGGAGGCAAAGGACUCAAGAUGCUGAGAGAUAGGAACUUAACUUUUUCCACGGGCACCAAGACAUAUUAUCUUGAAGCAGAUCUGGCCCAGCUGGAAAGGGCUCUGGUGAACUUUACCCUGGACUUCCUCCAGACCAAGGGCUUUGAGUAUGUCACUGUUCCUGACGUGCUUCACUCGGGUGUCAUUGAUAGCUGUGGUUUCAAGACAAGCCUGGCCAAGAGUCAAGUGUAUCAUCUCCACCCAGACUGCCUGAAGGGGGCGUGUCUGGCUGGCACUGCCGAGAUGUCCUUGGCCGGAUACUUUAUGAAUGAAGUGGUUCCCAUGGAUCAUCUGCCUGCAAGGAUUACCGCCGCCAGUCGAUGUUACCGUGCGGAGGCUACGGAGAAGGCAGUAGAGAAAGGCCUGUAUAGAGUGCACCACUUCACUAAGGUGGAGAUGUUUGGCCUGUCAGCGGAUGAGGAUGGCACAGAGAGUAAUGAGCUUCUCCACGACUUCCUGGACAUUGAACGAGAGCUCUUCUCUCUACUGGGGCUGCACUUCAGGAUUCUGGACAUGCCGUCACAAGAGCUCGGUGCUCCUGCCCACAGAAAGUAUGACGUUGAGUCAUGGAUGUAUGGCAAGCAGAUCUGGGGAGAGAUCUCCAGUUGCUCCAACUGCACAGACUACCAAUCUCGGCGACUCAAAAUCAAAUAUGCUAGACCAGACGGCUCAUUGCGACAUGUCCACACGGUCAAUGGAACUGCCUGUGCUGUGCCACGUAUGAUCAUUUCAAUUCUGGAACAAAACCAGAGCAAGGGUCGACGUCUUGAGCUCCCAGAAGUCCUUCACCCGUACAUGGAUGGCCAGACGCACCUGCAGUUUGACGUGAAGAAUGCUUCGUACACUUACAUCAAGACGCUGAGAGACACGUCGACUGGCUCAUGACCGACCUUUCAGUUUAGUACACAUAUUGAGCACAAUGUUUUACUUUCAUUUGUUUUUUCUUUUGGAUUUGGAAAAUCAUAAAUGAGCUCCAGCUGCCACAUUGGCAUGGUCAGUGCUUUUCAUCAUAAUCUUUUUCUAAAAUUUGCCGGAAUUUGGGAAAGAUAAAAUGCUCCAGGCUUUUAACGACUAGCUAUGUGGAAGACCACAAUGGAACAAUCAGUAUUGGAGGCAGGACAAUCACUAACUUGUGUUUUGCCGAUGACAUCAAUGGAU